GUAGUUUUCGCCGCGCUAUUAUGUCUCUUGGGCCUCUUCAGUUUUUUCACACGCGUUAAUCUAUUCCCACUUCCAAGAGUCUUCAGAUCUCAGAUAUAUUUCUCUCUCAAGUCUCUCUCUCCCUGAGUUCAAGCCUUUAGAUCCAUAAACACACAGCUGGUGCCGCAGUUCAUCCCAAUCACUGACAAAUCGAUCCGUGACGUUUCCUGCUUCAAGUUUGUACCGGCCGAUAUCCAUUAAUCUGCCGAAUCCGAUAUACUCUCCGGUAUGGCCACCCAGAUCAACGACGGAGCUUCCUCUUCUUCUUUCUCUCCCCAAUUCACCUAUGAUGUUUUCUUAAGUUUCAGAGGUGAAGACACCCGCUAUAAUUUUACAAGUCAUUUAUAUCAAGCUUUAUGUGAUAAGGGUUUUAACACCUUUAUUGACAAUGAACUUCCAAGAGGAGAAGAAAUUUCAAUGGAACUUCUUAAAACUAUUGAAUUGUCAAAGAGUUCGGUUGUUUUGUUCUCUGAAAAUUAUGCAUCUUCUAGUUGGUGCUUAGAUGAACUUGUAAAGAUUCUUGAGUGGAGGAAUAACGGACUAUUCGUUCUACCUGUAUUUUACAAAGUGGAUCCGUCAGAAAUUCGUAAACAAAAGGGAAAGUUUGGAGCAGCGCUAACUCAACAUGAAGAAAAUUUGAAGGAUAAUGUGGAGAAGGUUUAGAGGUGGAGGACUGCUUUGAUUAAAGCAACUGGCUUGUCUGGGUUGCAUUACAAGGAGGGUUGUAAUGAAUCUGAAACUCAAUUUAUCCAAAGAAUUAUUAAAGAGAUAUCAGUUACUAAAUUGAAUCGCACUCAGUUAUUUGUUACUGAACACCCAGUUGGAAUAGAAUCUCGUGCGGAUGCUAUACAAUCUCUUUUAGAUUUGAAGUCAAAUGAUGUUCGCAUGGUAGGGAUUUAUGGUCUUGGAGGAGUAGGUAAGACUACAAUUGCAAAGGCUAUUUAUAACAGAAUCGCUAAUUGUUUUGAAUUGAGUUACUUUCUAGAGGAUGUCAAAGAAAAGUCGAGUACAAAUGAUGACAUGAUCAAACUACAAGAGACGCUUCUUUCUAAGAUCUCACGGGGCAUGUAUAUAAAGGUAGACAGUGUACCCGAAGGAAUUAUCAUGAUAAAGGAAAGACUUUGUCUUACAAGAUUUCUUUUAAUUCUUGACAAUGUGGCUGAAUCAGAAGUGAUGGUAAAUUUACUUGGAGAAUGUAAUUGGUUUGCUCUAGGAAGCAGAGUCAUUAUAACAACAAGAGACAAACACGUGCUAAACAUUCUUGGAAAAGAUCUUCCAAUUUAUGAGCUUAAGGAAUUAAAUCAAUCUGAAUCUCAUGAACUCUUCAACCCGCAUGCCUUCCCAAAAAUUGAACCUAAGAAAGAUUAUUUAGAAGUUGCAGAGCAAAUCAUACAUUAUGCCAAUGGCCUUCCAUUAGCUCUUAAAAUAAUAGGUUCUGAUUUGUGUGGAAAAAGUAUAUGUGAUUGGAAAAGUGCGUUCGAAAAGCAUAAAAACAUUCCUCACAAAAAAAUUGUGGAAAAGCUCAAAAUAAGUUAUGAUGGACUUGAAAAGACCGAAAAGGAUAUUUUUUUGGAUAUUGCAUGUUUCUUUAAGGGAUUCAAUAGGAGUUGUGUAGAGAAUAUAUUAGAUGCUUGCAAAUCAUAUCUAGGUUAUGGAAUUGGAAAACUUAUUGAUAAGUGUCUCAUAACUGUUGGUCAAUUUGGCGAGUUGUGGAUGCAUGACUUGCUUCAACAAAUGGGGAGAGAAAUUGUUCAACAAGAAUCAGAAGAGCUAGGAGAACGUAGUAGGAUAUGGUGUUUUGAGGAUGCUGAAGAAAUACUAACUACAAAUAUGGGAUCAAGUAAAAUUCGAGGCAUUAUGUGCUACUCACCUCAACCAAUCAUGAUGCCAAUAGGAGCUAAAGCUUUUGAAAAGAUGAAAAAUCUCAAAUUUCUUAUAGUUCGUAACGUACGCAUUUGUGAAGAACUUGAAUAUCUCCCCAAUGGGUUAACAUUGCUUCAAUGGCCUGAAUUUUCAUUUUCCUUGCCAUCUAACUAUUAUCCUCGACAACUUGUUGAACUUGAGAUGCCACGUAGUCUUAUUAGAUUGGAGACAACAUUCAAAUUGGAAAUCCAGCUAAAAUAUUUAAAACGUAUCACUCUCUCCGAGUGUGAGUCCAUUACAGAAUUACCUGAGUUUCGUACCCCAAGCCUAGAAAUAUUGGAUCAUAGUUAUUGUCAAAAUUUAGCUAAGGUUCAUGAGUCACUUGGAUUUCUUGAUAAGCUUCAAAUAUGGGAUCUCUGUGGUUGUAGAAAACUUCAAAUUCUUCCGAAGUCUCUCAAGUUGAAAUCUUUAAAAUAUCUCUAUCUCAGGGAGUGUGAGUCCAUUACAGAAUUACCUAAGUUCUGUACCCCGAGCCUAGAAAAUUUGGAUCAUAGUUAUUGUCAAAAUUUAGCUAAGGUUCAUGAGUCACUUGGAUUUCUUGAUAAGCUUCAAAUAUGGGAUCUCCGUGGUUGUAGAAAACUUCAAAUUCUUCCAAAGUCUCUCAAGUUGAUAUCUUUAAAAUAUCUCUAUCUCAGGGAGUGUGAGUCCAUUACAGAAUUACCUGAGUUUUGUACCCCGAGCCUAGAAAAUUUGGAUCAUAGUUAUUGUCAAAAUUUAGCUAAGGUUCAUGAGUCACUUGGAUUUCUUGAUAAGCUUCAGAUAUGGAAUCUCCGUGGUUGUAGAAAACUUCAAAUUCUUCCAAAGUCUCUCAAGUUGAUAUCUUUAAAAUAUCUCUAUCUCAGGAAGUGUGAGUCCGUUAUAGAAUUACCUGAGUUCUGUACCCCAAGCCUAGAAAUAAUGGAUCUUUGGUUUUGUGAAAAUUUAGUUAAGGUUCAUGAGUCGGUUGGAAUUCUUGAUAAGCUUCGGGAAUGGGAACUCUGCCAUUGUAAAAAACUUCAAAUUCUUCCAAACAUCCUCAGGUUGAAAUCUCUUACGAAGUUUGAUCUUAGAAAUUGCUUUAGGCUUGAGAAGUUUCCUAAUAUUCAUCUAGAAAUGAAAUGUUUAAGGAGUUUAAAUUUAGGGGGGAGUGGUAUUCGAGAGUUGCCUUCAUCAAUCGAGUAUCUCACUGGGCUCCAACUCUUAGACUUACGUUGUUGCAAAAACCUUAGGUAUCUUCCGGAUGACAUCUAUAAAUUACAACUUAUUGAUGAACUAUAUAUUCCAACUGCCAAAUUGAGACAGACAUACAAUUAUUUGGAUGGCUUUUCCAGAGGUGGGUUUUUGAAGUUGACAUCGUUGGAUUUCAGGGGCAAUAAUAAUAUAAUUGAAUUAGAUUUUUUUAUGAAACCCGAGUACUUCCCCGUAUUGUAUUCUUUAGAUCUAUCUGAAACUAAUAUUGUUAGCAUCCCUGAAAGCCUAAGCAGAUUUGUGAAUUUAGCGGUCCUUGAGAUACGAAAUUGCAAGCAGCUUCAAGAAAUUCCAAGGCUUCCCCAAUCUAUACUAGAUGUGGAUUUAGGAAAUUGUUGUUCGUUGAAUGCACAAUCAUUAAGCAGAUUAUUGAAUCAGAUUGGAGAAUUUUUCGAGAUUUUACCAAAUAAAGCUUGCAAGGGAACAAGAAGUAGGAUAUUAUGGGAUGAGAUUCAUUUCCAUCACUUGCUUUUUAUAAUUAGACCACCAGGAACUGAGAUUCCAAAGCAGUUGAAGUUAAACCAUGAAAGUGAUGGAAAUGUCAUAUCAUUUUGGGUUGGUUGCAAAUUUCCAAAUAAUUUUUUUGUCUGUUUUGCUCUUGGACCGCUGAAAUAUCCAUGGAAAUCAAUCUUUAGUGUUUGCCUUUCCAUCAAUCGUUGUAGCCCAGAGCACCUCUUUUCAACUGAUGCAGAUGAAUUAUCCGACCAUCUGUGGAUAGUUUCUUUAUCUAAUAAGAGAUUGCAGGACCAAUUGAAUAAGUCAAGCCCAUCUGAACGAAAUUACGUUGAGGUAAUAUGUGAAAUGAAGCGUUUGGAUACGACGACUGGUUGGCCUCAAUAUGUUGUGGUGGAUUGGAUUAAAAACCAUCCAAGAGGGUGGGGGGUCGAUGUAAAGUGCAUCUGUCACUAUUGUAGACAUCAAUGCAAAGAAGAAACCAUCGACCAACCUAUGCCAGACGUCCCCAAAAACACUACCUGUCCCACUUCAAAAAUGGAAGAGAUAGAUCCCACUCCCAGGGCUGUCAACAAUGGAGCAGAAGAUUCAGAGCUUUCAACCCACGCUUACAUCAAUGAUGGUUUCAACUCCAUGUUAUAUCCACCAUCAAAGAAGGCAAGAAAAUCUUGAUCAAACUUAGAUGCCAAGUAAUGAUGACAGAGCCACGACUUCAGCAUUCUUGGGUUGAUUUCUGUAGCUGUUGAUUAAAGCAAUUCCUCAUACAUAAGAGUUCUAUGCCCAAAAAUGAUCAUUCUGUUCCCUAGGAUCCUCUAUUCUGGUAUUUUGAUGACUUCAUACUUUAUGGAACUGGUACAGAUGUAAGUAUUUUCUUUGGUAGGUGAUGUUUUUUUUUUGUACAUAUUAGAAUGAAUCACAAUAUCUGCAACUGUGAACUAGUCUUCUAUCACUUUGAAGACUAUAGCUCUGUAACCAUUUCAUGUCUCACCUACUUGCAAAUCCUUUGUGAAUAAAUUUAGGAUUACCUCCGAUUAAUUUUAUUGUAGUAAUUUUCUACGGUUCUUUGGCAUUCUCUUACUUAUUUCACUUUGAAUUACUGAUAUAUACAAAUUCAAUUUUCAAUACACACACACACACAAAAAGGAUCACCUUGAGAACGUAUUAUUAGAAUGCCUUGUAGAGAAAAGUAAACGUUGUUAAUGAGCAAAUAGUUAUGCUUGUAUAUCCUGUACAAACAAUAUACAUGAAUAAUACUUUCUUAUAAAUAAAAAUACUGUGGAGAAGAGGUCACUUAUUACCAAUGAGUUAUAGCUCAUUUGGUACUUCCUCCUCCAAUAAUAAUGGAAUGGAGGUGAGGCCAUGGUUUCAAUAGGAGAAAAAGAUGAACUUGAACAACAGCUCCAAGAGAAACAACUUCAUUAGGAUUUACAGUCACAUUGGGCUCUUUUCUAGUCAUCUUCCUCACCAGUUCCUGAAUAGCUGGGAUCCAAGUUGAACACCAACAAGGAUUACUUCAUCUAUAUCUUUGAAGGAAAGCGCUUUGUAUCACUCAAUGCAAUUUCAACUUGUCCUCGAGAAAGACAAGCAAGCUCUACGUCUCACUGAGAGUGCUGAGAAAGUGAAAAUAGAGCUGUUGUCUUUGACUCAGACCAAUAUUAGUUUACCUUUCAUUACCCCCACUACAAAUGGCCCAAAACACAUUGACACCACUCUGACAAGGGUCAAGUUUGAAGAAUUGUGUUGAAAUUUAUUGGAGAGGUAAGCUAAGCAGCAGCACGUCCAUUAAUAAUUUGCAAAACAUCUAACCCUGCAAUGCGGCCUACAUCUUUGGUCGCCUUCCUUCACAAACCAUUGAAGUACGCAGGCAUGUGAUCACUGUUUUACUCACCUCAUCAUUCAAAAACUUGGAUGCAUCCUCCACAAGCUUCCUCAAGACUGGUGCAGAUAUCUCCUUUGCUGCAAACUGCUUGACUAUGGUUGGACACUCAAGCUUCACAUUACCAUUCUCGUCAAACACAACCUUAGAGAGAGAGAGACUUCACAGAGACUGAGUGAGAAAAGAGGUUUAAAAGGCUGUUUUCCUUUUUUUACAAGGUACUCGACUUUAGAGAUGUGUUACCAGUACCCAAGUCCAAACUCCUUCGACUGUAGGCUUUUGGUUUCUCUGCUUUUAGGGCCAAGGCUUCUCCUUCAUCCAGGACAAGGCCAGGGCUUCUGAUAGUGCAGUGAGGUAAUUGCUUUAAAAAAUUAUGCAAUGUGCAAGCAAUGCAUAUCUUGACAUCUAAGAAAGGUAUAAUUUGAUUUGCUGUUGGAAUUUGUCAUUAAAUUUUUGCAUCGUGAGUCAUCUCUGAUUAUGCGUUUAACAGCCACUAUUUUAAUAAUGUAAUGGACUAAAUUGUUAGCUUAAUUGGCCAGAGACACACACAUAGGUACUUGUUAAUGUUAUUACUUACAAGUGUUAGAACACACAAACAGAAACAGAUUAAUUUUAUUGUUUUAUUUUCCUAUGAUCAUCCCAUGUUAGUGCAUGUCAGCUGUGUCAUAUCCGUGGCCCUUGUUCUAGUUCAUGCUGCAUAAAUUCAAAGUUGAAAAAUAAGUUCGGAGAUAUUAGAUUAAAAAAAAAGAUAUUGUGGUUUUUGUGUUUUGAUAAAGUUGGUUUAAUUCUAUUGUUUUCUGCAUUAUAAUUUUAUGAUUCUGUCUAUGUUAUUUUUAUGUGCGAAAUUUAUCAUAAAAUUUCAAAAAUGCUGAGUGCACCAACACUUAAAUAUAUUAAUGCAUAUUUUCAUGUUCUUGAAUAUGAUUGGCACACGGUGCAUAACAAACUUAAGACUGGAAAAGGCAUGUAUAAGGUAUGGCCUUCAUUUAAAAAUAGGUUCUUUUUUCUCUAGCAAAAAGGAAUUAUGUUAGAUUUGAAUGUCUAAUUUCUAAGAAAAAGUUGAAUAUGCAUGAUUCUUUUAAAGAAAUAAAGCUGUGUGUUGUCAAAUAUUGCAGUGUUUGCUCGUGUGUUGAGAGUGACUAGUUUUUGAUGUGUAUGUAAUCAUAUUUUUUUCUGAAACAGAUUAUCCAGCACCAUCGUUUUCUCCGUGAUAGGUGUCUCGGUGAACAUUUGCUUUUUUAGCCUGUGUGAAGCAUGAGUCUCAAAAAACUUGCAGCCAUCGGGCUCCCUCUUUGGUACACAUUCCCUGAAGAGCACA